AGAGUAAUUUGUACAGUAAUCUAAUUACACUAUUGAAUAUGUAAUUAGUAACUAGUAAUUAAUUACUUUUUGAGAGUAACUUACCCAACACUGAGUACACCACACAUACAGUAUAUGGAUGACAUCAUGAGUAUAAUCUAUUGUCUCUAUAGCUUCCCCCUCCUGCAGGUACAACUGUGGAUAUAAUCUUGGAAGCUGUUCAUGCAGAGACGACUGUCGCUACUAUGGAAACUGUUGCUAUGACUAUGACAGUCACUGCUCAAUGACAACCACAGAACCAGCAACAGCUUCCCCCUCCUGCAGGUACAACUGUGGAUAUAAUCUUGGAAGCUGUUCAUGCAGAGACGACUGUCGCUACUAUGGAAACUGUUGCUAUGACUAUGACAGUCACUGCUCAAUGACAACCACAGAACCAGCAACAGCUUCCCCCUCCUGCAGGUACAACUGUGGAUAUAAUCUUGGAAGCUGUUCAUGCAGAGACGACUGUCGCUACUAUGGAAACUGUUGCUAUGACUAUGACAGUUACUGCUCAAUGACAACUACAGACCCAACAACAGAGAGUCACCCUGAGUGUGGAGGACAUCUGUAUGGUUCUGGGAUGUUUUCAAGCCCCAAAUACCCAAGCUAUUACUUUGACAACGCCUAUUGUGUGUGGUAUCUCUCUGCUCAGUCAGGACAGAGGAUCUUCCUGUCAUUUGCUGAUGUACAACUGGAGCGCUGCUGUGACUGUGACUACAUCUCUGUGCACGAUGGCUCUUCUGUUAGUCAUCGAGAGCUGGGACGGGUUUGCUUUAAUGACACCACUCACCAGGCGUUUCACUCUUCAUCUCGAUUCUUGACUGUUCUCUUCAGGAGUGAUUAUUCUGGUGUCAGUCAUGGUUUUAAAGCCCUAUUUACAAGCUCUCUGACGGCAGAUCAAGGUCGCGUGGACUGUUCUUCAGACAACAUGGUUAUUGUCAUUCAAACAUCAUAUCUGAACUCGCUUGGCUUCAAUGGAAAUGACCUUUAUGUGGAUGACCAUCGGUGCAGACCCAACAUUAGCAGUAGUGAGGUUGUUUUCCGCUUCUCUCUCGACACAUGUGGGACCAGCAAAGAGAUGAUGAAUGGUUACGUAACUUACACCAACAACGUGCGGGCGUCUCAGUCUCAGUCGGGCGAGAUCACCCGUCAGUCACAGUUUCUGUUACGUGUGGGCUGCAGAAUGGAGCCGGACACGAUUGUACAGAUUUUGUUCAAGACCAGAGAGAAUGUCAAUGCCAACAUCACAGGAACGGGUCGCUUCAAUGCCAGCAUCGCCUUCUACACCUCCAGCAGUUUCCACCAACAAAUUUAUGACUCUCCAUAUGAGGUGAACCUCAAUCAGGACAUGUAUGCUCAAGUUAAGUUAGACAGACAUGACAACACCCUAGAUCUCUUCCUUGACACCUGUGUAACAUCUCCAGAUCCCAAUGACUUCAAAACACGCUCCUAUGAACUGCUGCGUAAUGGAUGUUCUAGAGACAGCACAUAUGUUUCCUACACCAGUGGUCAGUUCGACUAUGCUCGGUUCAGUUUCAAGGCUUUCAAGUUCCUUCGGACUCACGCGUUUGUGUACCUGCAGUGUAAGGUGAUCAUCUGCCCAGAAACCGAUAACAACUCUCGCUGUCGCAGAGGUUGCCAGUCACGUCGAAGGAGGUCCCUUGAAAUAAAUCAUCACACCAACACUGUGAUACUGGGGCCAAUCAAACUCAGAGGAGAAAAGCCAGUGCUUCAACCAUCCGAGAGGAACGAGACAGCUCAGUGAUUUUAUCAUCACCAUUAUCAAUAUUAUAAUUAUCAUUCUAAUCAGUUUCAUUUAUCAGGUCCUAAGAUCUGUAUUGUAUCUGUAUAAGUUAAUUCA